AUGGCUUCAACAACCUUUGGUCAGUCGAACUUUGGCCUCCAGGUGGCCGACACCACCACCAAAACGGCCAAGGGCAUCUUAGCCCUCAAGCGCAUGUGGAACGAUGUGCAUGAAGUGCCCGAAUACAUAAAUUCUCUACUAGAUCGUCUGACAUUGGUGCAGUCAGUGUUAGACGACUUAGAGACGGAGCUCAGCCGCGAUCAGCAACUGUUCGCUAGCAACAGUGCCAUCAAAUUAAGCAUUCGUUACUGCAAAAAUGCGAAGGACAAGCUCGAUGCGCUCGUGAGCGAUUUGGGACAGCGCGACACGGAUAAAGAAAGGUCAACCAGAAACAGAGCGAGGGUCAAGGUUAUUUUUGAGAAGGGAGUGGCACGCCGGCUUGAGGCUGAGUUACGAGAUGCGAUGCAAUUGCUAGGGAUUGCGCAGCAGACGUAUGCGAUAGCGCUGGCUAGGCAGCAGCCUGCUUUGAUUGCCGGUCAGAGAGCGUCGACUGCUGGCCUUAAUAUCCAGGGGCAAUCCUCACACAGCACCAAUCUAAUACCAAGCAUAGGUAUGAGUAGUACGAGUAGCAAAGAGAAUAAAACAGAGGGAUGGAUCGCACCGAACAAAGAGUAUCCGAUUCUACCCUGGACGUAUUCGGUUUUCGGAAGCUACUCGUCGAAAUUCUCCGUAGUAGAUUCGACUGCGACCAUCCCGGGAGAAGAAGUCUACCGCGCGCGAAUACAGCUACCCGCAUGGCUGACCCGGUAUGUAUGGGACAUAUGUGCUAGACGAGCCAGCAAUGGAUGGACGUACAACCUUCGACACUGGACAGUAAGGCCGUUUGAUGCGGACGUCUUCGACGCUGCCUCUGAUGGUGAUCUCUUAGCCAUGAUUCCUCUGUUUAACGAGCGCAAGGCAUCGCUGUAUGACCGUGAUCCGCGCGGGUGGACGCUACUACACUACGCAGCAUUUGAAGGCGAUCUCAGCACAAUCACAUACCUCGUGCGCUCAGGUCUCAGCAUGCACGAAACAAGUGCCGAUGGGUACACACCGCUUUACUAUCUCUGUCGAAACAACGACGAAGCUAGUGAUAUCGCGAGCGUAUACCGCUUCAUCAAAUCCAACGACGACCUAUCCGAUGCCGCAUGCGCCUUAUUCCUCCCAAGGGCUGAAUACUACCGGAAAAGUACUCUGCACCGCUUUCUUUGGAGCGUACCUAGCCUAUGGGACUUAGUGAAGGCGGAGUCGCCCCUAAUUACCCUUGACUCCCGGUUCACGUCGAUUAUCUGGGAGUAUGUUGACGCGAAGAUUCUAUUAGAUAUAUUUGUUCGUGAAGUAUCAGAUGCCGAGACUGUAAGACGCCAAUUAAAUGGGGCCACCGUGAGCUCGCUUCACGAGUUUUCAAAGGUCUACUUCCAUAAUGUCUGUAGGAGGUCAAACGCACAGCACAUGAGAACCAAAUCCUCUGAGUGGAGAAGGCUUGCUCGUUGGUUAUUCAAAGGGUUGCGUGCUAGGGAUCUCAGUAGACAGGGAAACGAGAUCUGGGAAGCAACCACCCCAUUGUUUGCGGGGUUGAUGGAUGCGAGAUGGCCGGUACCCGCGGAGAGGCGGGAGGUCCGACAGAAUAAACGUCAGCUCGAGAGCGCAUUAGUGUUCUGGCUCGAGGACUUGCAAGCUGCGGGUGUGAACCUGGGCUCAUACGGGUGGUGGGAGCGGAAGAUGUUUGAUGAGGGCUGGGCGCUUCGGAAUGCUUCCUGGACUGUUUUAGCAUGUGACGGGAAGGGGCCACGAUUAAAGUCCAUCUAUGGUGGACCUCUUCCACAAGACUGGAAGAUACUUUGGGAUUGGCAUGAGGAAGUUGCAUGGCUCAGUGAGCCUGUGGUUAGUGUGUUCUUUCAAUGGGCUGAGAGCCCGCCGCCUGUGAUGCCGGGUUCAUGGCAGGAUGAUGAAGAGUUCUGA